AUGGAAGAACAUAAUGAUUUAACAAUAUAUAAAAUAGGAGAUUACAUUAUUGGAAAGGAAUUAGGACAUGGUUCAACUGCUGUUGUGUUUUUAGGAAUUCAUAUGAUAACAGGAAUGAAAUAUGCGAUUAAAAUCAUUAAAAAAAGCACAUAUAAACAAAAGAAACCACAAAUUGACCGUGAGAUUAUUUUUAUGAAAAUAAUAAGAAGUUCAUAUAUAGUACAACUCCAUAAAGUAUAUGAAAAUUCUACUCAUUUAUUUAUUGUUUUAGAUUAUAUGGAAGGUGGAGAAUUAUAUUAUUUAAUUCUUACACAAAAAGCGUUAGAUAUAACAACUUCUAUUAAACUAUUUUGUCAAGUAUUAAGAUGUUUAUCAUAUUUACAUUCUAAAGGAAUUUGUCAUCGUGAUAUUAAACCAGAAAAUAUUUUAUUAGAUUCAGGUCAUACUAAUAUCAAACUUGUUGACUUUGGUUAUUCAUUCUUUUCAUUAAAUGAAAAAUUAAAAGAGCGUGUUGGUACACCAGAUUAUGUUGCUCCAGAAGUGAAUAGUGGAAAUACUUAUGAUCCAUUCUUAGCAGAUGUUUAUUCAUGUGGAGAAUUAUUACAUGUAAUGUUAUAUGGAAGUCAUCCUUGUUUUUCUGAUGGCAUAGAAAUAAAUUUUCCUGAUAACCAUGGAUCAGGUGAUCUUUUAUCAAAAAUGCUUCAAAGAGAUCCUUCAAAACGAAUUACAUUACAACAAGUUAUGAAACAUCCUUUUGUUAAAGUUGCAUUAGACAAUACAAAAGAAACACCGAUAGCUAUGUACAGUGGUCCAGUUAUAUCAUUUCCUCAACAAGAAUUAUUAGAAAUAAUUUGUUAUAUAUUACCCAAUAUUAGUGAAUUAUCAAUUAGAGAUUAUUUAGCAUCACCUGGUUCUAACACAGUAAAAGAAAUCUAUCGGUUAUUAGAAAAUCAAUUUUUUAAUUCACCAAAAGAAAUAGAUACUUCUAAAAUUGAAUCAGAAGAUAUAUUACUUGCUAUUCCAACUUCAGAUAAUAUUAUUCCAAAUGACAAAAUAACUAGAGGUACUACAAGAGAAGUUGUUUGUGAAAAUUAUGAUAAUGAGAAUGAAAUAAAAUUAAAAAUUAAUCAAAUUUGUGAUGAGUUGAGAAUUAAAGAAUGGACAUUUUCUACGAUUAAUGGAAAAGACAGAGUUCCAUUUGAAGUCAUUUAUUCAAAAAAAGAUGGGUGUCACCAAAUUUUGUUUCAAACACAUUUUGGGUGUUCAAUGUUUAAAGACAUUUGUUGUGUGUUUCAUACUUUAUUAAAUAAAUAG